GGGGGGAGAGUGUUGCUUCAUCUGAUCCAGAGCUCUCCUGCUCCCCACACUCACGGCUGGGGUACCGGUGGAGGAGGGAGAGAGGGAGGGAGAGGGAGAGGAGGGAGUGGCGGAGGAGGGAGAGAGAGAGAGGGAGGGAGAUUUCACUCUCCAUGUAAUGAACAGCCCCUCUCUGUCACCGCCCGGGAGACGUGACUUGACUCCAGAGUCUCCCAACGCGUCCAGGUGAAAACAAGACACAUCCACGAGAACAGUCUGCAGUCUAUCGGCAAAGAAUUUCUACAGGCAACAGUGAAAAGAAGGAGUGAACACGAAAACUACAGCAGCAUCUCCCAAUAAGUGAUUUCCCCAGGGAAGGACAGUGGAUAAAGGAGAGCUACAUAUAAAUUAAAUUGCUACAGAAGAUGACACGGAGUCUGUGAAGGAGUCAGGGACGUGGCAACAUCUCUCCCCCAGAGCAGCGAUCUUCAGCAAUGUCACCUACCUGACAGGAAUUUAAAGUCGUUUUGCUUUUCUUCUCUCCGUUGGUUCACGGUGGUCCUUUGGCAGACUGACACCAUGAAUUCUUUGCUGAUCGCCACUGUUUUGCUUCCUCUGGCUAAUGGCUUCCAACCAGAGUGCGAGAUCCCAUGGGAAAGGGAGAGAUGCAUGAGGAAGCUGAGCCAAGAAGAUCAAACCGCCUUCGACUGUCCAGGAAUGUGGGACAACAUAACCUGCUGGCCAAACGCAGCUUACGGCGACGUUAUUUCGGUCACCUGCCCGGGAUACUUCAGGCUCAUUAACACUGAUAACGAUUUAGGGAUAGUCUACAGGAACUGCACGUACGAAGGGUGGUCGGAAACCUUUCCCCAUUACUACGAAGCGUGUGGAAUUGAUGAGAAUAUCACCGAGAUCGGAGACCAGCUCUUGCAGGGUCGGUAUUAUGUGUCGGUCAAAGCUCUCUACACUGUUGGUUACAGCACCUCCCUGGUUUCCCUGGCCAUCGCAAUGAUUAUACUCUGCCGGUUUAGGAAGCUUCACUGCACCCGGAACUACAUUCACAUGAACCUCUUCGUCUCCUUCAUCCUGCGAGCCAUAUCCGUCUUCAUCAAGGACGCCAUUCUCUACUCGGAAGACGAGGCCAACCACUGCUCCAUCUCCACGGUCCAAUGCAAGGCUAUGAUGGUCUUCUUCCAUUACUGCGUGAUGUCCAACUACUUCUGGCUGUUCAUUGAAGGACUCUACCUCUUCACCCUACUGGUUGAAACCUUCUUUCCUGAGCGCCGAUAUUUCUUCUGGUACAUCGUUAUCGGAUGGGGGACGCCCACAAUUUGCGUCAUCAUCUGGACUGUGCUGCGUCUGCACUUUGAUGACUCAGGCUGCUGGGAUACCAAUGAACACCGAGCCCUGUGGUGGGUGAUUAAAGGGCCGGUCAUUGCGUCGAUCAUGGUGAACUUCGUCCUCUUCAUUGGGAUCAUAUUUAUCCUUGUGCAGAAACUUCAAUCACCUGACAUGGGAGGCAACGAGUACAGCAUCUACUUCUGUGUACAGAAAUGCCACUGUAAGCCUCAGAGAGUUAACCAACAUGUUUGCAAGAUGUCAGAGCUGUCCGCCAUUACCUUGAGACUGUCCCGAUCAACACUCCUCCUCAUUCCACUGUUUGGGAUUCACUACACGGUGUUUGCCUUUUACCCCGAAGAUGUUAAUACCCUGGAUCGGCUGGUGAUUGAGCUGGGAUUGGGAUCCUUCCAGGGGUUUGUUGUGGCAGUUCUAUAUUGUUUCCUCAACGGAGAGGUGCAGUCCGAGAUCAAGAGGAAAUGGAGGAGUUGGAAGGUAAACCGGUAUUUUGCUGUUGACUUCAAGCAUCGUCAUCCUUCACUGGCCAGCAGUGGGGUCAACGGUGGAACCCAGCUCUCCGUCCUCAGCAAGAGCAGCUCCCAAAUCCGGAUGUCCAGCGUCAACGCCGAAAACCUAGCCACAUGAACCAACCGGGCUACCUCCUCCUCCGAUACACCCCCAUCUCUACCAUCAGAAAAUGCGCCCCUCCCCCCAUCGCUGGGGGUGGGGUCACAUGGAACCCAGGCCGUCCUUUAGUCUUGUUUAUGUCAGCUCUCCUGGGGCCAAGGCAGGUCGUGGGCUGCCCUGCUGUCUUUGGGUAAAAAGAGUCCCAAAGUCGCCCCACCCCUUCCUCCACCCCACCUCCCACCCACUCCACCCCCACCGUUAACCCCCACCACCAGAUACUUCUGAAAAAAAAUAACUAGAUGUCGUUCCCUUGUAGGCAGGUGGGGGGGGGGGGGGGAAGGGAAUCCCUUUUGUGCCUAUCCUGAACGACCCACGUUAACGGUGUUUGAUGCCGCAGGACUUGAGGCGCUCCUGCCCACUGAGACCGAAGAACCGUUGCCCGCUGUGUAUGCCUGCUGUUUGCUCGCUGCCUGUCUCAGACACCCUUCCCUACCCCCCCAGCCCCCCCCCCCCCCCCCCCUUGAAGCGGGUCGACAAGGAGUUGCCGCAGCCACUUUCCCGUUGGCGUCGGCCGCUGAGGGGGCCGAGACUUUCCGCUUACAUCCCGCCCCGUGACGUGCCCUCCAAAACAAGGGCUUUGAACCUCCAUCGAAGGCCGGCGUUCUAGACGGCGAGACCUGGCCCUAUACGACGAUGUAGUGCUUCAUGGUGACGCACCCCUCAAUGAUGUCACAGGGCCUUAUCUGGUGACGGGUGGCCCUUAAAGGUGACAUGAGGCCCUUUAUGCUGUCACAUGACCUUACCCGUUGCCAUGUGACCCUUCGCGAUGACACGUGGGGCCCUUCUGAUGUCACCCGGCCUUAUGUGAUGACACAUGGCCCUUUAUAUGUUGACUUAUGGCCCCCUUCGUGAUGACAUGUGGCCUUCUACAGAAGCAGAUACAGAGAAGUGUCCGGGCAACCUUGCAGCUGGUGUACUACCCCUCAUGCUUUGGUGGGGUUUGUUGUGAGCUUUUGCGGCAGAAAUGUUGCCCAGUUUGCAAACAAGUGGAUGCAUUUUACAUUGCCUGAGCACACGUUGUCAUCUUCCCUCAAACCUCCCUCGUUAUCCAAUAACUGCUGGUCAAAAUACAUCUGCAAGUCAAGAGGUUAAAUUCUGCCUCUUGAAUUUUUUUGCAAAAGGGGCAAAAAUUUCAAUGCAGCCUCACUGUUUAGAAGCAGUGGAUGACUGUGGAGAGAGAGAGAGAGAGAGAGAGAGAGAGAUUUGUACAAAUACUUUGAUUUCUCGUGGUGAAGCUAAGGUAUUUCACCCCUUGUACUUUGAUUCCUAUAUCUGGGCAUCAACUUGUCAGCGGGGUUGCAAGCUACAGACUGAUGGGUAAAAGUUACCCUGAAAAGCCCUCCUGAAUGGGGAGAGGCUCCGCAAGUUCACACCAUGAUCGAGGAAUAGGUUAUUCCCCUUAAAGGAUCCAUUUCUGCCUGCACUGACAUCAUCUUAAUUAAGAUCUGGAGGUCUGAAACCUAACAGUUUGGCUGGCUUAGGAGACGAUUGCAACUAAUUCAGAAAUGGAAUGCAAUCCAAGAUAUGUGUCCUCAUACUUAACCCAAUAUAUUCAAAUCCUGAGUGUGUUAGAUGCACAUUAAAGACACAAGCCUUCCUCUACUCCAUCCAUGGGGGCUUGUAACAGUGCUUGUUACUGUCCAGGAAGAUAUUUAGAUCCCUUAGCUCUCUAAGGGGUUCUACAGUGAAAGCUGUGUAAAACAAGAAAAUGCGGGGCAAAUCCGCUACUUUGUACAGUUGACUGUUGUUGUUGGGGUGUGUUAUUACAUGUGACGUGAAUGCAGCAGUGUUGGCUGUUGUGAAGUGACUCUGGUUCGACCAGAAAUGGUGUCGUCAAUCUUUGUCGUUGCAAAAAAAAUCUAUUGACUUUCUCUCAUGAGUAACAUUGUGGGAUUUGAAUCUCUCUGCAUUGGCAAAACGAUCCCCAGUCAACAGAAAUGGUGCAUGGUGUUUUCCUGGUGCUUGGAAAGGAUUUUCCAAAGCCAAGCGAAGAGCAAAAUUGGACUGUGUUGCAUUAGCACAUACAGUCUGAGAUUCUUGUUUGCAGUGCUUCAGAAAUGGGUCGGUGCCUCCUUCAAAGCGGGCCCUCGCAUUGAAUUGUCAUCUUGUGCUAAUGCUUGAAUUUGCAAUGAUUUUAUUUCUGCAUUAGUGGAAUGGCAGACCCAUCGGUUUUCAGGUGUGCUGCUUGUUGAGACCUUCAAGAGAAGGGCUCCUCAAUGAUAUCAUUGGUAUAUAGGAGUUUGGUUCUUAUUGCUCAGAGAUGGGAGAACAUUGCUUGAGAAGUUAUGGCCAUGUUUUUUUUUGGAUGUUUGACUACUAAGACAUUGGGCAAGGAGAGAAGCCUUUGAAUUACAAGGCGAGGAGUUAUUGCCUACAUACAGGGGAGCAGAAAGCUAAUCAGUAAAGGAUAGUCAGGAGAGACUCCAUGACCUGGAAUUUCGAGAAUGUGGAACUUGCUAUCACAGGGAAUGUUUGAGGCAAACAGCUGAGAGAGGUUUGCUGAGACAGAGAGAAAUGCUGAUGGGUAAACUUGGAGAAGCCUUGUGUGGAAUGUGAAUAUGGCUUGGACUCAUAGACUGUCCUACUGCUUUACUGUUCUGUGCAAUGAGCUUGGCAAUAUUUUGUCCUGCUUUUCUGAAUGAUACCUUGAUAUAUAUAAAAAAAGAUUUAGACAAUUAUUUUUUUUGUUUGGAAAUUUUGAGAUAAAGUCUGGACCCAAAGCUCCCUUCAAGGCUUUGUGUGUGGUGGCCUUUGUGCUGUAAUACUACCAGAGUUUAAGGGACUUAAAAUGGGAAAUGAUGAUUGACUCCCUGCAUCAGCCAAAUGAGUUGAAGAUGACAUAGAGCUAACGGCAAACAGUCUACUUCCGUCAAGUGCAUGUGAACUACAGCAAACAGAAUCGGUGAUAGGAAUUACAGUGAACCAUCCCGUUCAAAGAAAAUUCACCUUGAAGAUGCAGUGAAUGGAGAAUAGUAACAUAAUACAAGUUGUGUUAACCUCUGUUGCCUCCAUCAGUGCAGUUUCGAGGUAACUUGUAGGGGAAUGUUUAAUAAUUUCCAUUGAGGCAGUGCCUUAAGCUCAAAAUUCCCUUUGUCUCCUGACCCCACCUCUUCUACAUGACAAACUUUGUUUGCUUAUGUCUUUGUGCAUUACCUCAAAAAAUUUUCUACACUUUAGGUGUGGUAUAAGUUAUUACUGUUACUGAGAAUUGGUCAAAUUCUAUCACCUGGCUUCACUGAGCAGAGAAAGUGGUGAAUAAUUAACUCUGGCAUUGUGUAUAUCACAGCACCAAUCAACAUUGGCCUCACCUCCACACACCUUCCGUCCAUCACUGAUGACCAUCAGUGGCCAAGGCUCUGGAGUUCCCUCCCUAACCCCCCCCCUUUAAUGUGCCUUCACCCUCCCCUCCCUUCUGAAUACCCUCCUCGUUGACCAAGCGUUUUGUCUCCUCCACCUCACUCCUGAUGUGUCUAUUUAUCGUGCCCACAACCUGCCCUGGGCUAUUUUUUUUACAAUUAAAGAAUCGAAUAUAUUGAAAUUGUGGUUAAUAUUUAACAGUGAGUUUUUACUGAUGAGGAAGAAAGAAUUCUCCUGCUCACUAAAAAGAAUCAGGCUUUCUUUGCAAGGAAGCAGUAACUUUGGUCGUUUCAGGACAUCCCAGAACAUCUCAUAGCCAGUGAAUUUUUUUACGUGACUGCCGCAGUGUGCGAAACACAGCAGCCAGUUUUUGCACAGGGAGCUCCCACAAUGUGAUAAUGACCAAGGCAUGGUGGGUACAGCGGUUAGUGCUGCUGUCUCACAGUUCCAGCGACCUGGGUUCAAUCCUGACCGCGGAUGAUUCUGCAUUUCAUUCUUGUGACUGCCAGGGUGCUCUAGUUUCCUCCCACAUCCCGAAAACACACUGGUGGAUUAAUUGGUCGCUGCAGAUCACCCCUUGUGUGGAGGUGAGAAACAGAGGACUGAUGGGCAGGUGAGAGAGAACAUGUUGCAGGGGUACAGGCAAAACAAGGAAGGGGGUUAGAGAUUGGUAUUGGUAUUGGUAUUGGUUUAUUAUUGUCACGUACCGAGGUACAGUGAAAAACUUGUGUUGCAUACAGAUCGUACAGGUCAAUUCAUUACGCUGUGCAGUUACAUUGAGUUAGUGCAUUAAUAUAGUACAAGUAAAGACAAUAACAGUACAGAGCAAAGUGUGACAGCUACAGAGAAAGUGCAGUGCAAUAAGGUGCAAGGUCACAACAAGGUAGAUCGUGAAGUCAGAGUCCAUCUCAUUGUAUAAGGGAACCGUUCAAUAGUCUUAUCACAGUGGGGUAGAAGCUGUCCUUAAGUCUGGUGGUACGUUCCCUUAGGCUCCUGUAUCUUCUACCCGAUGGAAGAGGAGAGAAGGGAGAAUGUCCCAGGUUGAUGGGAGCUAGCAUGGACCCAAUAGUUUAUUUCUGAGUUGUAGCAAACAAAAUACUCACAUUAUAUUGGUGAGGUAUAAAUAUUGACCCAAGUACCAGGGAAAAUUCCCCUGGUUAUCUCUUUUUGUGCCAAUCUAAUCUCUCACCCAGAAAACAAUGACUCCAGACAAAAUAACACAUCUUGAACGUUGCAUAAAGCUUGUCCUCAAAUCUCAGGAGUGGGACCUGAACCCGUGACCCUAUGACUUAGGCGCAAGUGUGCUCCCCACUUGCCAAGCCCUAAGUCACACGCAACAAUGUGCUGUGUUCCUCAUCCUUCUCCAACCAGUCACUGACAAUAACAGGAACAUACAUGCUUGCAAACAGGAUGCAAUGCAUCCCAUAAAUUGCUCACGUCAGCUCGGGUGAUGUGAAAAUACUUGUUCCUCUUACGGAAAAAUACACAAAUUUUGAGUCUUCGGGACAGAUUUUUAAUCGUAGUAGCAGAGGGUAUUGAUUACAAUCCAAAUCAUGCAAUGAGCCGUCGUUGGCUGCCUUGAAAGUAGCACAGGUCCCGAAGUCCUCACAAACUGAAAAUGUCCCUCCACAACACCAUUGGGAUAUUGCAAUCAGAAAAGUUAGACAAAAAGCCAUGAGGUCAUCAGUCCCAUGAUGUUUGAUGUAGGACUGGUCCUAUCCAACCAAGGAAUACUUCCCUCCACAGAGUCAUAGAGCACAGAAACAAGCCCUUCAGCCCAUCCAGUCCAUGCCGACCUCCUGACUAGUCCCAUCUACCUGCACUCAGACCAUAUCCCUCCUAACCCCUCCCAUCCAUGUACCUAUCCAAACCGCUCUUAAAUGUUACAAUUGAAACCCCAUCUACUACUUCCGCUGGCAGCUCGUUCCACACUCGCACCACCCUCUGAGUGAAGAAGUUUCCCCUCAAGAUUCCCCUUAAGUAUUUCACCCUAAACCUAUGCCCUCCAGUUCUAGUCUCACCCAAUCUUGGGGGAAAAAGCCUGCAUGCAUUCACCCUGUCUAUCACUCCUCAUAAUUUUAUAUGCCUCUACUCUCAUUCUCCUGCACUCCAGGAAAUGGUCCUAACCUAUUCAACCUUUCUCUAAUCCUCAAGUCCCAGCAACAUCCGUAUAAAUUUUCUCUGCACUCUUUCAAGCUUACUGAUAUCUUUCCUGUAGGUGGAUGCAAUGCUCCAGAAAUCCAAAAUGCUGGAGGAUUUCAGCAGGUCAGGCAGCAUCUAUGGAAGGAAAUGAUCAGUCGACGCUUCAGACCACUGCCAUCUUAUCUGCCACCUUCAUGUCUAGCUCCGACAUAUGACAUUAGUGUUUUUUAAAUAAGUACCAUGUUCCUCCAACCCCUGCCCUGCCCACAACCUUCCUUCCCUCCAUUCACAUCCAGGUUCCAAAAUUUUAGAAUUCCUUCCUUAAAUCUCCUCAUCUUUUCUCUUCUCAUUUUUUUUUCUCUCUGUCUCUCCUUACAAUCCAUCUAACACUGAUGAUUAUCUUCAUCACAGAGUCAUACAACAUAGAAACAGGCCCUUUGGCCCACCAUUUCCAUGCCGACCAUCCAUACUAAUUCCAUUUACCGGCACUUGGUCUGUAGCCUUCUCUGCCUUGGUGAUUCAGGUGCUCAUCCAGAUACAUCUUAAAUGCUGUGAGGGUCUCUGUCUCCACCACCCCCUCAGGCAGUGCGUUCCAGAUUCCAAUCUGUAACUGGUAAUUUGUUUAUUCUUGUCACAUGUGCAGUGAAAAGCUUUGUUUGCAUGUCAUCCAGGCAGAUCAUUCCAUACAUAAGUACAUUAAGAUAGUAAAAAGGCAAGCAAUGCAGAAUAUAGUGUUACAGUUACAGAGAAAGUGCAGUGCAGGUAGACAAAUAGAUUGGGAGAUCAAGAAUUCAUCUUUAGUUUAUAAGAGGUCCAUUCAAAAGUCUUAUAACAGCAGGAUAGAAGCUGUCCUUGAGCCUGGUGGUGUGUGCUUUCAAGCUUUUGUAUCUUCCUCCUGAUGGAUUGAGGGGGAGAAGAGAGAGUGACCAGUAUGGGAGGGGUUGAUUAUGUUGGCUGCUUUCCUGAGGCAGUGGGAAGCGCAUAUGGAGUCUACAAACCCAAUGGAGUUGUUGUUUUGCGGCAGCAGUAUAGUGCAAAGACUAAAAAUUACUAUAAGUUACAAAAUUUUAAAAAAUGCAAAAAAACGAACAACAAGGUAGUGUUCAUGGGUUCAUGGACUGUUCAGAGAUCUAUUGGCGGAAGGGAAGAACCUGUUCUUAACUGAUUGGAUUUGGACGGUGGUACUGAGAAGAGGGCAUGUCCCGGGUGGUGAGGGUCCUUAAUGAUGGAUGCUGCCUUGAGGCACUGCCUCUUGUAGGUGUGCUUGAUGGUGGGGAGGAUUGUGCCCGUGAUGGAGCUGGCUGAGUCUACAGCCCACUGCAGCCUCUUGUGAUCCUGUGCAUUGGAGCCUCCGUACCAGGCAGUGAUGCAACCAGUCAGAAUGCUCUCCACUGUACAGCUAUAGAAACUUGCAAGAAUGUUUGGUGACAUCUCCUCAAACUCCUAACGGAGGGAACUCCAGAGGUUAGGGCACAGCCAGCUGAAGGCAUGGCCAUCGAUGGUAGGAUAAGUGAGGUACCCAGAUAUUCCUGAGAGUGUGUAGGUCUGGAGAGGGGCAGAGCAAUGGAGAGGCAUGAAGACAAGAGUCUUCAGUCUUGCUGUCACCAUUGUAAGCCAGCGAGCUCAAGAGGAGAUACGUGAGUUAGGGUGCAGUAGCCAAGUUCAGGGGCGCAAACUCAGUUGGGAAUUAGCUCCACAGCAAUGCAAAGUCUGUGUCCCAUUUACUGAUACAGUUCAGUGACUCUCUGGCACAGGCCAAUUGGAAUGUCCGUCAUGCCAGUUUCAUUGUGUCGGAUCUAUUCCAGAAUGUAUUGGAGACCAGCUCCUUAUCCAAGUUAUGUCAGAAUGAUAAAUCCAUGGCCCAGAAAGAGGAUUUCACUUCUUGGAAAUGGGGCUCUCAAUCAAUGAACUGGACAGCAUUUACAUAAGAUAUGAUUUCUUUAUUUGUCACAUGUACAUCAAAACACACAGUGAAAUGCAUCCUUUGCCUAGAAUGUUCUGGGGGCAGCCCGCAAGUGUUGCCAUGCUUCCGGCACCAACAUAGCAUGCCCACAACUUCCUAACCCGUACGUCUUUGGGAUGUGGGAGGAAACCAGAGCACCCGGAGGAAACCCACGCAGACACGGGGAGAACGUACAAACUCCUUACAGACAGUGGCCGGAAUUGAACCUGGGUUGCUGGCGCUGUAAUAGCAUCACGCUAACCCAGGGGGAAGCAUGGAAAAAGAAUAGAUUCUCUUUCACUACCCAGGAUGUCCCUUACCUCUGGACUGGGGGCUUGACUCCACGACUUUCUGACUCAAAACCAGAUUAUCCCAAUGGAGCAGGCGUGCAUAAAUGCAACGAGUUCUGGAGAAGGUCACCAUUAGUUAGCAAGCCCCUAGCCACCACCUCAAGGUUCCUGCGUACUGUAUGAUGCUGCCAACUGUUGUACAGUCAGAACUGGGUGUUUAGGUUUGCGUUGUACCAACAAAACUGUUUGGACAGAACAAAGAAACAAAUUUUGAUUUUGUAAACUGUUUACAUAAUGUGCCUAAUUCUGCCAGAGAUCUAAAUAUCUGGUGACUGAUGCAGGACAAACUGGCUUUAGUUAACAGGUGAAAGGUCUUGCUGUCUGGAAAUGAUUGGAUGCUCACUCGUGUGGAUUGCUCAGUAUCUAUUUUCUCCUUUAUCUGAUGAGAUGUGUGUUUUGUUAUAAGGACAGUGGCUCACUUUCCCUACAUGAAGAGCAGCUUUGGAGAUAAACAGAAGAAUAUGAAAUUAAUUAUAGCAGAACUUGCCCACUGGGAAACUACUGUAGCUGGGUACUACACUGGAUUUUUAUCAGAAUCAGAAUCAGGUUUAUUAUCACUGACUUAUAUGACAUGAAACUUGUUGUUUUGUGGCAGCAGUACAGUGCAAAGACAUAAAAUUACUAUAAAUUACAAAAUAAAUAAUGCAAGAAAAAGGAAUAACGAGGUAGUGUUCAUGGGUUCAUGGACCGUUCAGGAGUCUGAUGGCAGAGGGGAAGAAGCUGUUCCUGAAUCGUUGAGUGUGUGACUUCAGGCUCCUGUACCUCCUCCCCGAUGGUAGUAAUGAGAAGAGGGGAUGUCCCAGGUGGUGAGGGUCCUUAAUGAUAGAUGCCGCCUUCUUGAGGCACCGCCUCUUGAAGAUGUCCUCGAUGGUGGGGAAGGUUGUGCCCGUGAUGGAGCUGGCUGAGUCUACAACCCUCUGCAGCCUCUUGCGAUCCUGUGCACUGGAGCCUCCAUACCAGGCGGUGAUGCAACCAGUCAGAAUACUCUCCAUCAUACACCUAUAGAAAUUUGUAAGAGUCUUUGAUGACAUACCGAAUCUCCUCAAGCUCCAAAUGAAGUAGAGCCACUGGCGUGCCUUCUAUGUGAUUGCAUCAAUAUGUUGGGCCCAGGAUAGAUCCUCUGAGGUCUUGACACCCAGGAACUUGAAGUUGCUCACCCUUUCCACCGCUGACCCGUCAAUGAGAACUGGUGUGUGUUCUCCUGACUUCCUGAAGUCCACGAUCAACUCUUUGGUUUUGCUGACAUUGAGUGCGAGGUUGUUGUUGCGACACCUCUCAACCAGCCGAUCUAUCUCACUCCUGUACGCCUCCUCGUCGCCAUCUGAGAUUCUGCCAACAACAGUGGUGUCUUUGGCAAAUUUAUAGAUGGCAUUUGAGCUGUGCCUAGCCACAGUCAUGAGUGUAGAGAGAUUAAGACAUUUGGGUAGAAGUCAAGAUGACCAUAACAUGUUCUUUCAUUUAUCUCCCUACUAAUAGGUUAGGUUAAAAUUUCCCCAGUUCCUCUGGUUGGUCCCAGUGUUUCUGUGACUGCUGUUCAGAGAUAAGAGGGAAUGGACAUCAAUCCUGAGAAUAAAACGCACGUCAGUUUACAACGAGAAGGGUGUGUGAUUGAUAUCGAUAUGUACUUAUCAGCAAUGGGUGGUACCUUUGUUUUCUAGGGAAGUGGCUGUUUGGAGGUCAGAUGGUUCAACCUUGGGUCUUGACUUUUCUUUUUGAAAAUGUGACACACAACGAAAAUAUUUUCAGAGCACAGAACUGAUGUUUAUCUGAUAAAAAAGGAGAGUAAAGCUUGUAGGUCAGGCUAUCAGUGAAUGCCAGUCACACAACCCAGCAUUAGUAAUGACUCUGGUUAGUGACUCUGCACAAAAUUCCCUUUUACCUAGCUUUUAAUUUAGAUGGUUACCCUGCUAAUAUUGUAAAGCAAAAGCAAAAAAAGAUGCUGGAAACCUAGAAAAUGCUGGAAUUACUCAGCGUGUCAGCCAGCAUCUGCGGAGAUAUAAGCAGUUAAUGCUUCAGGUCGACGACGUUUCAUCUGAACCUUCUCACUUGUCCAAAGUUUCGCUCUGGAGAAUCUCACUGAAACUGGGAAGUGUGCUGUUGGAAAGAAUUAAAAAUAUGAAGCCUUGAAAAGUCCAUUUCUGAGCCUUCUCCAACUCCAUUGAUUUCAUCCAGAAUCUUCCCUGUGGGAAUUUUAUUGGAAAUUGGUUGAGUCAGGAAGAAUCCUGCUUAUUGCAUGAUGUGCUGGUGACUGUGGCCUCUCAUUGCUCCCAUCUUUCUCUUGUCCCCUCAGGCCUGCUGUUCAAGUUAUACUCUGUAAAGCUAUUUUUUAUAUCUUAAAGUUUGUAACACAAAUAACUGAGUAUUACAGUGGUUAUUCAAAGUGGUAUCAGAUCCCUUUAAAAAAUAAACGUGAGCUAUUACUGAUUAGACAAAUUUCUUUAAGUAAUGUGUAUGUGAUAUGUGUCUGGUGACCCUACUUACUCUAGAUGUAUUAGCUGUGCUGGUUUUUAUAUGUGAUCCAAAUUGUUAUCAGUCUAUGGAGCCAAACGACAAUUCUACUUGGAAUUAAUGUAUAAAAAUUACUAGAUAAGCAUAUGGAGGAAUUUCAAAUAGAGGGAUAUGUGGGAGGAAGGGGUUAGACAGUCUUCGGCGAGGUUUAUAGUUCUAUGCUGUACUGUUCUAUGUUCUAUGUUAAAAAUAGUAGCUCAAGUUCAAAGUGAACUGUUUGUGCAUAAGGGUUUAGCUGAGCACAUGCUGAGAGGUAGUUAGGGGUUGCAAGACAAGUGCGCAGCCAUUUAGGACUGAGAUGAAGAGAACUGUCUUCACUCAAAAGGUUGUGAAGCUCCCCCCAUAGAGUUAUGGCUAUUCAGUUGAUGGGCUUAUCCAAGACUAUGAUCCAGGGCGGCACAGUGGCGCAGCUGGCAGAGCCGCUUCCUCGCGGCUCCAGAGACCUGGGUUCCAUCCUCACUCCACCCGGGGUUUGCACGGUCUCCCUGUGACCGCGUGGGUCUCCUCCCGAGUACUGACGUGCGGGUCAGUAGGUUAAUUGGUGGCUGUAAGUUGUCCUCUGGUGGCAGUAUCUGGGAGGAGUUAUUGGGACUGGGAGGAGAAGAAAAUGAGUUAGGGUAGGAUUAGGGUAAAAAAAAAAGUGGGUGGUUGAUAAAAUGACAAUGGACUGAAGGGCCUCUUUCCCAUGCUAUAUCUCUUGAUCACUCUAGAAAGGUUUUUUGACGAUGAAUCAAGGGAUAUGGGGUUCCAGUGAGUAAAUAGAAGAUUGCACAUGUUCUUAUUUAUAAAGCAAACUUGAAGGGCUGGUUGAAUUACUCCCACUCCUAUUUCUUGUGUUAUCAAAGAUUAUACUUGUAUUACUGUCAUCCAUUGAAUAGAUAGACCAUAAAAUUAAAUGACGGGUUCAGAUAAAUGAAGACCGAACAGGUAGAGAAGUUGUUAAAGGACAACUUCUCUCGAUACUUGGCUCACAUAGUACAGCUGCUGCCUCACAGCUCCAGUGACCCACGUUCGAUCCUGACCUCGGGUGCGGUCUGUGUGGAGUUUGCACGCUCUCCCUGUGACCGUGUGGGUUUCCCCCGGGUGCUCCGGUUUCCUCCCACAUCCCAACGACGUGCGGGUUGGGAGCUUAAUUGGCCGCUGUAAAUUGUCCCCCAGACUGUUGGUGAGCGGUAAAAUCUAGGGGUUAAUUGAUGGGAAUGUAGGGAGCAUAAAAUGGGAUGAAUAAAACAAGAUAAGAUUUCUUUAUUAGUCACAUGCACAUCGAAACACACAGUGAAAUACAUCUUUUGCGUAGAGUGUUCUGGGGGCAGCUCGCAAGUGUCGCCACGCUUCCGGCGCCAACAUAGCAUGCCCACAACUUCCUAACCCGUACGUCUUUGGAAUGUGGGAGGAAACCGGAGCACCCGGAGGAAACCCACACAGAUACGGGGAGAACGUACAAACUCCUUACAGACAGUGGCCGGAUUUGAACCCAGGUUGCUGGCACUGUAAAGCGUUACGCUAACCACUACACUGCCAUGCCUGUGGAUGCUUGGUGAUUGGCAUAGACUCGAUGGUCCAAAACCCUGCCUCUCUGCUUUAUGACUAAUUAGCUCCAUAACUAUGACUGUGUCUAUUGAAUUUAACUCCAUCCCUUGCCAUGUGUGUUUUGGAGCUCCAAACCUCGAGUCUGAUGGUUGUGGACAAUGUGUUAAGAGUCCGUAAAAGUUCAGAAGCUGAUUUGGAUCUUCUGGUGGGAUCAAGAUGGUCAGUGGAGUAACCAUCUGUCCCAUGGAAGACAACUGGACAGAUGCCUUCCAUUGUACCUGGAGAUCACUGCAGUGGUGACUCAAGUUAACUCGCUGGGUCUAAGGGCAUUAAUUUGAUGAGGCUGGGGAAAGUGGCCAUGUGAGGGAACCAAAAAGGAAAGGAGUAUAAUCUUAAAAGUGGCGCCAGCCUGUUCAGGAAGCUAGGGGGAAACCUAGGACAUGUUCUCCCGAUGUAUGUGGACACUAAUUUGAAACGUUAAAGAGUUUUGUUUUCCUGGAUGAGGGCAGCAAAGGAUUUGGAGAAAAGGCAGAAAAGUAAGUAGAGGUACUAAAAAUAGGAUAGGACGGACUUGAGAGGCAGCAUGCCCUCCUGGUGUUCCAGCAUCCAAAAACAGUGAAACACCAUCCGUUUGCAACCCCCCUCAAGAUUUGACCCAACAACUCCUUGCAAUUAGGCCUGUUUCAGGAAGCCCCUUGCAUUGUACGCUGGCCCCAAAGGACACAGAUUAGAAGUGAACCGUGGCAUAAACGCAAGGGGUGAGAUGGGAAGAGGACUAUCUUCUUUCUUUUGCGGUGAGCUGUGGCGAUACAGAAUGAACUAAGAAAGAACAGUAAAGGGAGAGUCAAAACGCAACUUUAGAAAGAUACACCUGAGGAAAAAACUGCAGAUUUAUGAGGGAACUUCAGGUUAGAAGCAAUAUGUAGGAACUUUUGGACAGGGCUAUCAAAAAGUAUGAUGGGCCAAACAGCCUCUCCUCCAUUCAAAUGCCUGAAGGUUGAACGUUGUGGGAAGCCUUUAUAGAAAUGGCUGGUUUGAAUUAUGAGAGAAUUGGAACUGGCUGCAUAGAUUGAUACAAUUAAUGGUGUUAUAAUGUGAAUGGUCCUCCUGAUUAGUCCUGAGUGACCACAGGAGCCUCAGGAGCAAUGAAGACCACAAUUUAUUACUCAAAGCUGUCAUUGUGAUAGUAUUUCAAUUGGGAACUACCCCAAGCUGUUAUUUAUUGUUUGCCGUGCGUGGGAAAUAGUCAAUGUGCAAAGAUGUACAUAUUAGAGAGGUUUUUUUCUAAAUGGUGAUCAAACUACUGUGCAGAUUUCAUUAAAUGUACCUCUGUGUUAAU